AUGGCGAAGGAUAAAGAACGAGCAGUCAACCCUGCGCAACAGCAGCGCAAGCUGGAAAAGGCGAAACAGCUCAAGAAAAGCCGAGCGGAACUGCAAGCGAGGCGCAACGAGAAAUUGGCGCGGAGGAAUCCUGAGCGCCUCCAACGCCAAAUUGACGACCUCAAAGCCCUCGAGACGUCCGGCGACAUCAAGCCUCGCGAAAAAGCCAUCCUAGAGGAUCUCGAACGAGACCUAAGAGCCGUCCGCAAAGCCAGAGAAGCAUUAGGGGACAAGGCACCCAGUUUUGCUGGGCAACAGCGAAGAAGAGACGGAGACAAUAGCAACAUCUUGGGCAAGCGGCGGCAUGACGGUGAGCGCAAAAGCUGGCAAGCUCGAGAACAAUCUCCGGGGAGCGACACCGAUGAGUCCGUUCGAAAGAUACCUAUGCCAGAAGAUACACCGCCCCCGGUGCCACGGGAGUUCAGACGGGACUACCGGCGUGUUGACGACGCACAAGAAAGCAUGAGCCAUCAGAUACCUGCCAAACCUGCUCCGGUACCGAAGACCACAUACGAGAGCGCUCCACAAAUACGAGAUCUACGGAGAGAAGUCGUUGGUCGGUUCGUCCCAGCCGUGGUGCGCAGGAAGCAGGAAGCUGCCAAAGGAGGCGGCUUUGGCCAUCUAGUAGAGCCGGAAGAGAUGGAUCGGUUGGAGGCCGAGGGGUAUGCGCGGGCAGAUGGAGAAACACAAAUGGGCUCGGGCACAGAGCAUGCUACGGAAAACGACCAUGCAAGGCUGGCUGAGGAAGAAGAGCGGUUUCGUAGGGAGUUGGCCAUGCAAGCUCCGGACGAGGGGGCCUCCCAAGGAAGAAAUGGUCACGGAGACGCUCUGCAAGACAUGCCUGAAGCAGCGCCGAUCCCGCACAGGCAUGUCGAGGUCGAAGAAGUCGAAGAUGAAGACGCUUAA